AUGAACGGUCGCCCGUCAGAAUUCACUUCUCAGGACUAUCUCUCAGGUAUUGACGACAUGAUGCUCUCCCGAGUGUCCGUCCGCAUGGCCGCCGCCACGAAGACGGCACCGGCAUUCCGUUCCGCCGGUGCCCUUGCCUUCAACGCUCGGCCUGCCGCCAAGCAGCUGCGCUUCGUCAGCAGCAGCCAGCAGCAGCAGGUUGCCCACGGUAGUAAGGGCCGAAAAAUGCCCGCUCAGCGGUCCCGAGCCACCGCCCCAGUUGCUGGGCUCGAUGCAACUUUCACCAUCCGUGAUGGCCCCGUCUUCCACGGCACGGCAUAUGGCGCCAACUCCAACAUCUCUGGUGAAGCAGUCUUUACCACUUCGCUCGUGGGCUACCCAGAGUCGAUGACGGACCCCUCGUAUCGUGGUCAGAUCCUGGUUUUCACCCAGCCGCUCAUUGGCAACUACGGUGUUCCAUCCAAGGAGCGUGACGAGUACAACCUGCUCAAGUACUUCGAAUCGCCCCACAUCCAGUGCGCAGGCGUUGUCGUCUCGGAUAUUGCCGAAAAGUACAGCCACUGGACUGCCGUUGAGGGCCUGAACGAGUGGUGUGCCCGCGAGGGUGUUCCCAUCAUCUCGGGCGUUGACACCCGUGCAAUCGUCACCCACCUCCGGGAGCAAGGUUCCUCGCUGGCUCGUAUCACCAUCGGUCAGGAGUACGACGCCGACGAGGACGAGAGCUUUGUUGACCCGGGUCUUAUCAACCUUGUCAAGCGUGUCAGCACCAAGGCUCCUUUUGUGGUCGAGUCUCCCGACCCAACAUUCCACAUUGGUCUGAUCGACUGUGGUGUGAAGGAGAACAUCCUUAGGAGCUUGGUCAGCCGCGGGGCAUCCGUGACCGUCUUCCCGUACGACUACCCUAUUCACAAGGUUGCCUCUAACUUCGACGGAGUCUUCAUCUCCAACGGGCCUGGUGACCCUACUCACUGCCAGGAGACCAUUUACAACCUCCGCAGGCUCAUGGAGACAUCCCCUGUCCCCAUCAUGGGCAUUUGCCUGGGUCACCAGCUGCUUGCUCUGGCCGUCGGUGCUCGCACUCUGAAGCUCAAGUACGGCAACCGGGCGCACAACAUUCCCGCACUCGACUUGACCACUGGACAAUGCCACAUUACCAGCCAGAACCAUGGUUAUGCCGUUGACAUGAGCACGCUGCCCAGCGAGUUCAUUGAGUACUUUGUGAACCUGAACGACGGCAGCAACGAGGGCAUGAUGCACAAGACCCGCCCCAUUUUCUCCACACAAUUCCACCCUGAAGCCAAGGGAGGCCCAAUGGACAGCUCCUUCCUCUUCGACAAGUACCUCAACAACGUGAAAAUGUUCAAGAACAGCGAAAAGGUCUUCAGGGACAACAGGCCAUCGCAGCUCCUGCUCGACAUCCUGAGCAAGGAGCGUGUUGGUGUUGAGCCCACGCCUCUGGUUUCCACUGCAUGA